AUGAGCUCCUCAAUCCUUUCUCUGCUCUCAGUGCUCUCUGUAGCGGCAGCUCAAUUCGUCUCCCCUCCUACAGAUCUCAUAAACAAGACUGGGUUCGCAGGUAUUAAUGUACGCUACAAAGAGGUUCCUACAGGAAUAUGCGAGCUAGAUCCCAACCUCAAGAGUUACUCUGGCUACGCGGACGUAGAAGAUGAUCAGCAUAUCUUCUUCUGGUUCUUUGAAGCCCGGAAUAUGGAUCCCUCCGAGGCGCCGUUGACCGUAUGGAUUAAUGGUGGUCCAGGGUCGAGUUCUAUGAUUGGGCUUUUUGAGGAGAAUGGACCGUGUAGGGUUGAUGAGAACGGGGUGGUUUACAACAAUCCGUAUAGUUGGAGUAAUGUUUCGAAUAUGUUGUACAUUGAUCACCCGGCGCAAGUUGGAUUUUCUUACAGUACUCCUGUAAAUGGAUAUGAAGACUCUUCCACUGGUUUAAUUAUCAGUCUCCCAGACCUCACUUGCCCAGAUUACGCUGGUGAUACAUGCGCCACCUACAGUUACCCCAAUCUUACUUCUACCGCGAAUUCCACCGUGAGCGCUGCACCAAGUUUCUGGAAGACGAUCCAGGGCUUUAUGGGAGCUUUCCCGCAAUAUUCUAGACAUGGAUUCCAUUUCUCGUCGGAAUCUUAUGGCGGCCAUUACGGUCCGGUCUUCAAUGAGUAUAUUGAGGAGCAGAAUGCGAAGAACAUUACUGGCGCUCAUCAGAUUAAGUUGGAGACUGUGCUGAUAGGAAAUGGUUGGUAUGAUCCUCUCCUUCAAUACCAGGCGUACUACAACUUCACUGUUUCCCCUGGAAAUACGUAUGAUUACGACCCAUUCAACGCAAGCGUCAAAGCACAAUUCUACAACAAUCUCUACGGGAAAGGCAAUUGUGUCGAUCAAAUCAAAGACUGUGCUGCUCGAGGACUUGACGCAGUAUGCGCAGCAGCCGAUAACUUCUGUGCGAAUUUGGUCGAGAACAUCUACGACAUCUACCUAGGAAGAGACGAGUACGACAUGCGAGAACUCACACCAGAUCCAUUCCCAUAUAGUUACUACACCAGCUACCUCAAUACUCCAGAGCUUCAAGCUGCAAUCGGAGCAUACCAGAAUUUCUCCACCUCGUCUAAUGCUGUUUAUACCGCUUUCACAGCUACUGGCGACGACAACCGCGAAGCUGGUACCAUUGAGGCUCUGCAGAAGCUUAUCAAACAAGGCAUAAACGUGGUCCUGUUCGCCGGAGACGCAGAUUACAACUGCAACUGGCUCGGCAACGAAGCCGUAGCCACCGAAGUAAACGCUCCCGGCUACUGCAACGCAGGCUACACCGACAUCGUCACCUCAGACUGCAUCGUCCACGGACAAGUCAAACAAUCCGGCUACUUCUCCUUCGCACGUAUCUACGAGUCUGGCCACGAAGUGCCUUUCUACCAACCGCUUGCGGCAUUAGAACUGUUUGAACGGGCGAUUAACGGCAUGGAUAUCGCGACUGGGAAGGAAAAGUUGAGCACGGGAUAUAUUACGAAGGGAACGCCGACGAGUGAGUAUAGAGAGGGCAAUGCGACGAUGGUCUUUGAGGUGUUGGCGGGGAAUAGUACGUAUAAUACUACGACGAACCGCCCGGAUGUAGUGGAGGCGACGAUGAGGAGGGAGCUGAAGAGGGGGGUGUUGGGGGGGAAGAAGUUUAAGUUUGGUGCGUAG